GAUGGAGAGGAUUUCGAAUGUCAGCCGGGACAGUGGUCAUCGCAGGAGGAAUUCUGGCUACAGUCAUCUUACUGACCAUCAUCGCUGUACUGUGUUUAUGUAGGUUGCAGUAUUACUGCUGUAAGAGGGAGGAGUCUGAGAAGGGGGGAGAGGAGGAACCAGAGCUCUCCAGCAUGUCGCCGUCGCGCCCCCUGGCUCUGCCCGCUCCCCCUUCGCCCCCGACACCGGAGCACUACCUUGAAGCGGAGCCAUUCCGUGAGCCGUUCCGAGAACCGGAGCCCUACACCCCCACCUUCCUCACCGAGGCCAACGGCCCGACCAGCUACUCCGCCACGCCGCCGCCGCCGCCUCGCAGGUGCCAACGCUCACAUGCCUUCUGCCCGUCCUGCGCUCGCUGCACACUGCCCUUCUACCUGCAGCACCCCGAGCGGCUGUGCAACGGCGGGCGCAGGAUAAGCUACAGGACUGUGCAGCAGGAGGACCUGGAGCUCCCCAUAGAUCUGGCCAGCUUCUACCAGAAGCUGAACCUUAUCCGCUCCGUCACAAUGAGGGAGGUGGUCACACACAGCGUCAGCACCGACGUCUAAGAGCGGACAGAGCGGAGGCAGCGCCGGGACUAAACCUUCAUUUAUACAAACAGCGCUGUCUCCAUUCUGUCUGCAGACACUCUUCUUCACAUGUCAGUGCCUGCUGUGCUGUGGGUGCAGCACAGCAGGCACUGACAUGAAACACACUGAGGGCUUUUAGCUAAUAUGGAACUUCUCCUGGCAGCCAUAUUGGACGUCUACAGCUCUGGAGCAAGUGCUAACGGCUGAAUGCACUUCUGUUCAGUCUGAUGGACUUGAACGACUCUGACUUGA